AUGAAAAGGGAAAACAUUGGUACUUCACAAAGAAGGAAGUCUUUUAGAAAUAAUAGACCACCAAUAACCACCUUUCCCAAAACAUCUGCUGCUCCUAAAAGGCUUGUAUCCUCUGCUUCAUCAGAAACCAAACCUUCCCUUCAAAAACCACCACAAAAGAAGCAGAAAAUAGCUUCAAAACCAUCCUCACCCACUAAACCAACAGAUGUUGAUGCAACAAAAGCAUCAGCAGAUGUUAGGCCAACAGCUGUUGAGACACCAGUUGUAUCAGCAGAGGUUAGCCUAUCCACUGCCACCAUCAAUUUCAACACACCACCAUCAACACAACCACCUCCUACACCACAAAGAUUCCCUUCACAACCAUCUUCUUCACCUAAACCACCUUCUCCACCUAAAGUUCCUCCGCCACCAAAACAAACUUAUGCACGCAAAAGAAAAUUUGUUGUGCAUGAUGAUGAUAAGGAGAUUCCAUCACUAAUCCCUUUAUCAUCUGUUCCCAUCCAAAACACUCCACCCUCAUCACUUCCAGCUAUAAAUCUACUUCAUCCACCCACUGGAUAA